GUUACUUCUGGGUCGAUCCUCAUUGUUGAAGGGCACACUCACUACGUCCACGUUUGACGACAGGAAUUCAUCAUGGUUGUCAAGGUUUACGUUGAUCUGCUCUCCCAGCCUUGCCGGGCUCUCAUCUUAUUCCUCAAGAACACCAAAAUUCCGUUCGAAAUUGAGACGAUUAAUCUGAAUGAUGGAGGUCACAAGAAACCUGAGUUUGUGAAGAUGACUCCUCUCUGCACAGUACCUGCCAUUCAAGAUGGAGACUUUGGCAUGGGGGAAACUGUGGCGAUUAUUCGUUACUUGGCAACAAAGUAUGCAGACCUAGUCCCAGACCACUGGUAUCCAAAGGACCUGGAGAAAAGAGCCAGAGUUGAUGAAUACAUGGCCUUUCAUCAUACAGGAACUAGAGGAGGAUGCGGUGGGCUCUUCUUCAGUGAGGUCCUUAUCCCGGUCUUUUCAGGAGGAAAGCAGCAUGCUUCAGAGGAAAGGUUGAAGAGAGACGAAGAAAACAUGACCAAACAACUAGACAAACUCGAGAAUGCUUUCUUGCAGGAUAAUGAUUGGUUGGCUGGAGAUGAUAUCUCUGUCGCCGACGUGCUUGCCGUCUCGGAGAUGAUGGAGAACACUGUAAAUGGACGAGAUGUAGCAGAGGGGCGACCUAAACUCAGGGCCUUCAUAGAUCGUGUGACGAAUCGUCUCAAUCCUGCCUUUGAUGAAGUACACGGAGCGCUGUAUGCAUUUAGGGACAGCUACAACAAAUAGAUUCUCAGUGAAAAAUGCUUUAGAAUGACUCUCACAUUUCCACAAGUCUUUAUUAAUAUCGAAUCAUCUUCUAUAAAUCUUUUGAGUCUAUUGAACAUGUAUUCUUUACGGCUCUUUGUCAUCUCUGAAAAUGUUUUCUUCGUCUACCCUCUUUUUAUUUUAAUCUCCAUAUAACACUGGCACUGCACAUUUGACUAUCAAUUUGUUCCCGUACCUUCUUUGUAUUACGUUUAAACCCGUUCCCCCUUUCUCUCCCUCACUCUUUUAACGCUCUCUAAAUCCAAUCCAAUAUCAGUAGAUUCUCAGCGAAAACAGUUUUGAAGGAUACAAAAGGUAUUUUCCCCAAACAUUUUCCCCCAUAUCACAUCUCUCUUUUCUCUUUCGGGUAAUAUUCAUUUCCACGUCUCUUUCUCUUCCUUCCUCUCUCUUUCUCUUUCUCUCUCUCUCUUAAUCGCCGUACUAACAAUUUAAUGAUCUUUAAUCCUUUAGUAUAUCCAUCCCAUUUUGAAUACACAGUGGCACAAGGAGAUUAUUUUUGUAGCUUAAAAAGAGUAACAUUUCACCGAAAUCUGUAAUGCAAUGGUUGUUCAUUAAAAAUAUAUUUUUUUCUAGAUGUUACAUUAACCUACAUUUUGUAAAAACAUAAUUAACACACUAUCGACUUGAACAUGAGCUAAAUAAUAAUGACAGAGUCUGCUGUAAAUAUGGUAAAUGUGAAACUUGAUAAUUAAAUGUUGAACUUGCAAGUUUA